AUGCGUAAGCGACACCGAUACGGUGCGGUCGUGCCUUUCGGCGCUGUAUGGUGGGCGAAGCGUGGCCGACGCAGCACGGCAUGGGCACAGCACAGGGUAGGUGCGGAUUUAUGCUGCGCCACGGCUUUUAGGGACCCUCGCUUUACAACGACCGUAACUGCUCGUCUCUGCAAGAUGGCGCGUCGUGGUGACGGCAGGGAAACAUGUUGGCGAAGGGUCUUGAAGCUCAAAGGCCAUGAGCAUCGCGUGAAGUCAUUGCCGCCACUCCCCGCGGUGGGCUACCUAUCUGCAUGGCGUGGCGGUUGCUGUUGGGCCCUUGCGGGCCCACACGCGCUGUGCCGUGGAUUUGAGGAGGCGCAGGCAAUGCCUGACGCCCAGCACUAA